GGCGCUGCUGUCAUAGUUAUGGAAACCUCAAGUUGGUUCGCGUUUUUGGAGCCUCAAUUAUGUAUAAAAAUACAAAAAUUAAAUGGAUUUAAUUAUAAAAUGGACGGCAUACUGGAUUUAUGCUAUUGCAGUUUUCUUUUUUAUUAAUUAUUUAAAUAUUUUUUAUUCAAUUAGUACUCUCAUUGAUUAUUUAGGAAGUAAUUUUGAAAAUGGACAAUUUUUUGACUACGUCAUAGUUGGAGCAGGUAGUGCUGGAAUAACACUUGCAGCAAAAUUAACAGAUGCAGGACAUAAAGUAGUAAUAAUUGAAGCCGGUGGUCCAGCUCCACCAUUCGCCGACAUUCCCGUUCUCGCGUCUCUGUUUCAGCUGUCAAAUUAUGACUGGCAGUACAAAACAACUUCGCAGAAGCAUGCUUGCAAAGCACUAAUUAACAACCAAAGUCGAUGGCCGAUGGGAAAAAUUUUAGGAGGCUCUAGCAGAUUAAAUUACAUGGCUUAUGUUGAAGGCCAUCCUCAAGAUUAUCAAUGGUUUGCUGAUUAUAAAAGCUAUAAAUUAAAUGGAGUAAGUGACACGCGUCAUUGUUCAGAAUUGUGUGAUAAAAUUCUGGAAGGUGCUGAUAAAAUUAAUCAAGAGGCUAUAGAUAAUGAAUUAUUAGAAUUUAGAAAAGUUCAAUUGACAAUGAUUAAUGGAGAGAGAUGGAGUACUGAUAGGCUGUUAAAUAGGAAUAAAUUAACUGUUAUUACUCAUGCUCUUGUUAAUAAGAUUAAAUUUGUAAAUAAUAAAGCAGAAGGUGUAGAAUUUACAAAAUGGAAAAAAAUUUUCACAAUUUACGGCACCAAAGGCGUAAUAAUUAGCGCAGGAGCCAUAGGAACUCCAAAAUUGCUAAUGCUUUCGGGUGUUGGUCCUAAAGAAGAUCUAGAAAAAUUAAAAAUUAAAGUAAUCAGUAACUUGCCAGUAGGGAAGAAUUUGGUAGAUCAUAUUUUAACCGGGAUAGAUUUAGUAGUUCUAGAAAAAAAAUUAUCAGUUAGUGUUCCGGAGUUACUUAAGCCGACGUCGAGUUUGAAUUACUUUUUCAAUAAACAAGGUCCUUGGACUUCGGCUGGCAUUGAAGUUGUAGGAACACUGGCUGAAAAAAACAAACCAGAUCUUCAGUUCAUGGUAAUUCCUGUUGGAGUGUCUCAGGACAAUGGAGUGUUUUUUCGCAAGGCGAUGGGGAUUAAAAACCAAGUAUUUGACGAAUAUUUUGCUCCUCUGGCAUUUAAAACAGCUGUAACGAUAGCUCCAGUUUUACUGCAUCCCAAAAGUACUGGAGAAGUCAAGCUAAAGACUGCAGAUCCUUCUGAUGAUCUUGAAAUUAAUCCUAAUUAUUUAAGCCACCCAGAUGACAUAUCUAUCUUAAUUAAAGGUUUAAAAUUGGUCUCCAAGCUGGUGAAGACCGCAGCAAUGAAAACUCUAGGAGCCUCAUUGUACACAAGACCCUUUCCAGGAUGUGAAGGUAUAAAAUUUGACACGGACAAUUACUGGAGAUGUUAUGUACAGCAAUUAACGCUGACUUCAUACCACCCCGCUGGGACUUGCAAACUUGGAAGUGUAGUAAACAAUUCAUUCAGAGUUCUGGGUACAAAAAAUUUAUUCGUAGUAGAUGCUUCUAUACUACCCUCAUUACCGAGCGGUAACAUAAAUGCAGCAGUGAUGAUGAUUGCCUCAAAAGCGGCUGAUUUAAUAAAUAAAUCGAUGAGCGAGCACAAUCAAACUAGAAAUUAUUUUUGUCGGAAAAGUAACUACGUUAGUGAUAUAUUUAAUUUGCCUAAUGUAUGUCUCAAGUCCGCUUAAAUUAAUGAAAUAAAAAAUAAAUUUUUAAAGAAUUAA